UGGCCGUCGAGACUGGCGUCGAGACAUGGGCUCCCCUUGCCAGGGAGAGAAAUAGCUGGAAGAGGGCUCCCAGAGGCAGGAAGCCUGUGCAUCUUCCUCCGGCCAAGCGUAAAGGAGGUGAUGCGCGCAGAGUAAACGGAGCGCUGCGUGGCGAGCAAGUGUGUGAUGAUGCACAGCCUGUGACUCUGGUCUUCGCUGCCUGCCGGGAGCCAACUGGCACCGAAAUUGAGAGCAACUUUUAUUUCCAUUCAGCUGCCGAGCUUUUCUCUUGAUUGGAGUGCAUUCUGAAUGACGUCUCCGGCGAUGCCCGUGCCCUUCAGGGCCGGGGGCCUGGCUCCUGGACACAGCCCCCCACGUCCCCCGCUGCCCGGCCCCCGGUCGCCGCGCGCCCUCAAGGGGCUGUACUACCGCCGGGCCCGCAAGGUGGGCGCGCCGGACGCCUCCCCGGCGGCCGACGUGAGGCAGGAGGUGCUGGUGAACGUGGGCGGCCGGCGGUAUGCGCUGCCCUGGAGCACGCUGGACGAGUUUCCGCUGAGCCGCCUGAGCAAGCUCCGGUCGUGCCGCAGCCACGAGGAGAUCGCGCAGCUCUGCGACGACUACGACGAGGCCAGCCAGGAGUUCUUCUUCGACCGCAGCCCCAGCGCCUUCGGCAUGAUCGUGAGCUUCCUGGCGGCCGGCAGGCUGGCCCUGCUGCGGGAGACGUGCGCGCUGGCCUUCCGGGAGGAGCUGGCCUACUGGGGCAUCGAGGAGGCGCGCCUGGACCGCUGCUGCCUGCAGGAGCUGCUGCGGAAGCUGGAGCAGCUGUCGGAGCUCCGCCAGCAGGAGGCUCUGCAGCUGCGGAGGGAGGCGCGGCACCCCGCACGGGACCCCUCGCGCUGGGGCGUCUUCAUGAACUGGCUGCGGGACAUGGUGGAGAACCCGCGCUCUGGGCUCCCCGGCAAGGUCUUUGCCUGUCUGUCCAUCCUCUUCGUGGCCACCACGGCGGUCAGCCUGUGCGUCAGCACCAUGCCCGACCUGCGGGCCGAGGAGGACAAGGGUGAGUGCUCCCAGAAGUGCUACUCCAUCUUCGUCGUGGAGACCGUGUGCGUGGCCUGGUUCUCCCUGGAGUUCUGCCUGCGGUUCGUCCAGGCCCGGAGCAAGUGCCAGUUCUUCCAGGGGCCCCUGAACAUCAUCGACAUCCUGGCCAUCUCUCCGUACUACGUGUCCCUGGCGGUGUCCGGCGAGCCCGGGGAGGCCGGCGCGCGGCCCGGCGGCGGCUCCUACCUGGAGAAGGUGGGGCUGGCGCUGCGCGUGCUGCGGGCGCUGCGCGUCCUGUACGUGAUGCGCCUGGCGCGCCACUCGCUGGGGCUGCAGACGCUGGGCCUCACCGUGCGCCGCUGCGCGCGCGAGUUCGGCCUGCUGCUGCUCUUCCUCUGCGUGGCCGUCACGCUCUUCUCCCCGCUGGUCUACGUGGCGGAGAACGAGUCCGGGAGGGUCCUGGAGUUCACCAGCAUCCCCGCCUCCUACUGGUGGGCCGUCAUCUCCAUGACGACCGUGGGCUACGGCGACAUGGUCCCGCGCAGCGUGCCGGGGCAGAUGGUGGCCCUCAGCAGCAUCCUGAGCGGGAUCCUCAUCAUGGCCUUCCCCGCCACGUCCAUCUUCCACACCUUCUCGCACUCCUACCUGGAGCUCAAGAAGGAGCAGGAGCAGGUGCAGGUGCGCCUCCGCCACCUGCAGAACGCCGCCACGGCCAGCGAGCACGAACUGCUGAGCGACGUCGACGACCGGGUCCCGGAGGGCCCCUCCUUGCCCACUACGUACCUUUAAC